GAGAUCAUGAUGUCAGUGAGGAUUUUUAGAAUACAUCUGCUGUUCUGCUUUCUGGCUGCAUUUUUCAUCUCUGCCCUAGCUGAAGAACACGUAGGAGAGAGUCAACAUGCAAAUAUUCGCCUUGAUAAGAACUUGGUACAAGAUAAAGACCACAUCAUGGAACAUUUGGAAGGUGUUAUUGAGAAACCAGAAUCUGAGAUGUCUCCACAAGAGUUGCAGCUUCAUUACUUCAAAAUGCACGAUUAUGAUGGCAAUAAUUUGCUAGAUGGGCUAGAGCUUGCUACUGCUAUAUCUCAUGUCCACAAAGAGGAAGGUGGUGAGCAUACCCAGGCAAUGAAAGAAGAGGAGCUAAUUAGUCUAAUAGAUGAUGUCUUAAGAGAUGAUGAUAAGAACAAUGACGGAUACAUUGACUAUGCAGAAUUUGCAAAAUCACUGGAAUAAGGUUUUGAUUCUCCUUCUAACUACAUGGAAAUGUGAACCAGUAUAAUGUGAUUCAUUGCUGUCUCAUAUCAACCUCUGUGCUGUGAGAAGGGGAGGUGUACCAGUUCCAGAUGAAUUUAUGUGAAGAUUGUAUGUGUUAAGAGACUGGCUAAUUUGGAGUGAGAGCGAUGUUUGACCAAAUGUAGCUACACAUUUGAAUCUCGAAGCAUGGAAGCAUCAACAGUACUCACACAGAGUACAGCCAGCAAACUCUUAAGUUGCUGUGUGUGAAUACUAAAUAGAUCAUAUAAAAUCUGAAUCUCAGUUUUU